GAUCUGCCCCGUUCUUUCCCUCCGCUUUACGUGCACCUUGAAAAUGCAAGAGUCAUCAAUGAACCAAGAUAAAGAUGACUGGUUCCAGAGCCGCCUGCGAGCAGCAAGGGAGAGAGCACAGGAGGUCAGCAUGGGCAUAGGCAAACCCUCCUGCUGCAUCAGCAGCCUGGAUCCCCAUGAGUACCACACGAUCAUCAGCUUUGCUUCCCCAUGCUCACCCCUUGCUGCUGACCCGGCGUGCAUGGGUGUGCCGCAGAAUCCCUGCAAGCCCAUCUCCUCCUCCACCUCGAAUACGGCACACCACACCAUCACCACGCACCCUCAGCUCAUGGAGGACAUCAACUACAAGACCAAUCCGCACGUCAAGCCACCCUAUUCCUACGCCACCCUCAUCUGCAUGGCGAUGGAAGCCAGCGGCAAGCCCAAAAUCACCCUCUCUGCCAUCUACAAGUGGAUUACUGACAACUUCUGCUACUUCCGACAUGCUGAUCCCACUUGGCAGAACUCCAUCCGGCACAACCUCUCCUUGAAUAAGUGCUUCAUCAAGGUGCCCCGGGAGAAGGGCGAGCCAGGGAAAGGCGGGUUUUGGAAGCUUGAUCCCCAGUACGCUGACCGGCUCAAGAACGGUACCUUCAAAAAGCGGAGAGUAUCCCCAGCGCAGAUCCACCCAGCCUUCACCAAAACAGCCCAUCAAGAACAACAGCAUGUCAUCAGCCCGGCCGUUUCAGCUUGCACCUCCAACAGCAUCCUCAGUGUCAACAUGGAGUCGCAGCAGCUGCUGAAAGAGUUUGAAGAAGCUGUGGGCAACCAGAAUUGGAAUCCAGAGGAUGUCAAAGCAGGGAAGAAGCGCAAGCAGUCCUUGCCCAAGCAAACGGCCAAGGUGGCUCGGCUUUCCAACUCCGCCUCGCUGACCCAGGAAGAGCAGACUGAGCUGGGAUCGCUGAAAGGUGACUUUGACUGGCAAGCCAUCUUCAACACCAGCCUGAAUGGAGACUGCCUCGCUUUUGAGAACCUGGACACCAUACCUCCCAUCAACCCCGUAACACACGACCUGGACUUGAUGGUACACGGGCAGCACACUGACUGUCCCGAGGGGCAGGAGCUGGUCCUCACUGAAUCCAACCAGAACAACUUGGACUUUGAUGAAACUUUCAUCGCCACUUCUGUCCUGCAGCAUCCCUGGGACGAAGACACAAGUGAUUUCCUCUCCAACUGUGUCAACAUAGACCAGGUGUUUGAAUUCAGCGAUCCCAUUGAGCCAGCAGAUGAGAACAACUUGACCAGUCUGGCCUCCCUCUUAUAA